CUUUAUUCAGAAAUGUCUACUAGAAGCCCAAAAAGGAACAAGGACUUAAAAAGAAAGCUUUUGAAGAAUAGGCGAGAUAGAAUCACCCCUAAAGGGUCUGACAAGAGCAAUUUUUUCAGGCUUAAAAAUAUCUCGGAAAAAAGAAAUUUCAGAAAAAUAAAUAUUGAUAAGUUUAUUGAUGAAAGCAAGGCAGUUGCCUCAAGGAGAAUCAAUAACUUCUCUCAAAGCUUGAAGUUGAAAGAGAAGCUGCUAAAUUUAUCUGAGGUCAAGAAUGAUCCACUACUUUCGAAAGAAAUUCAAGAGAAAAUUGACUACUUUAUCACACCUUAUAACAAACUUGUGAAUCUUAAAUAAACAUUUGGAGUAUGAAGAGGAUUUUCAUGAAAAGUAUUCCCCAGUGGUUAAGAAGCUUACUAAGAAAGAUGAUGAAAAGUACUCGAAAUUUAUUAGUGAUAAGCUUUGGAGCAAGAUUACACAUCUUAUCCUUAAAAAUAAGGAGAAUUUUGAUUUUCAAAUUAAUUUGAUCACAAAGAUACUAUCUUAUAAAGGAAUGAUCAACGAGGACGAUCUAAGCCGUUUGGGCUCAAAUAGAGAGAUGAGCAAGAGUAAUCUCUCUGUGAGGAAGAGUCCUGGCAGAAAGGUUUUCAGUAAAUAAAAAGAGCAUUUCCAAGAAAAUAAAAAUAAACAUCAGGAAAUUCAAAUAAGGCCUCCAGGAUGAUCCUUAAAAGACAAAGAGAGAAGAGGAACUCUGUACUUGUGAAUGACAAGAGAAGAAUUAGACCUCAAAGCAUAAAUAUAUCUAUCUCAACUUCAGUAAAUGAUCAUCAGUUUCGUGAGGAUUCUAAGUGAAGACAGUCACAACUUUUUAGCACUAUUCUGACAAAUAAAAGUAUGAAAACCAGAGAUCAUAGCGCAAAAAGAGCUAUAUUCAAGAAUUUUUAUUACAGAAGGUCUAUGGAUGAUCCGAUGCCUAAACUCAGCUUUAAUAAAAAUGAUGACUCCGUAAUAAGAAGCAGCACCAACUGCUCUAUAAGGAACAAUUCCCACACUACCAAAAGGAACCAACAAGACAUCCACACCAGACUAGUCCAAGACCUCAACCGCCAAAUCUCAAAUUCGAAGUCUCCCUUACUGCUAAAAUAGUUCAACA